GACCAUCGAGAAUUCAGGCACCGAGCACGACCCAACUCCACCACCACCCGCCCCGCGCGCGCGCGGUGCGUUCCUCGGAUUCAUUCGGGCCCAGCUCCGAUUCCAACGACCACCGCUCCUUCCUCGCCCCAGCCUAGCAUCGCAGCGCAGGCCCCCCGCCGCCCUCCGCGCACGUCCAGGUAUCCUUCGACCGCAACCGAGCGCGCCUCUCUUCCUCGACAUCGUCGCCUCUGCCAAGGAAUCGUUCGUACGUGUGAUCUAUCCGGACCUCCGUCGGUUCUUUCUCUCCUGCAGAAUCUCGGCGGCGCUGCCGUGACCCGCGGGCCCUGAAAUCCAGACGCUCCUUCCUGGGAUGGACGCCCUCGUUCAUCCGGUCUGUCUCGGCCUUGUUCGUUGACCGCCCGCGCUGAGCCCGCCCGCCGACGAGGACGAUGUAGGAGCGCAAGAACGGGAGGCGGCGUUGGGGACGAGAAACGAGAUGGAGGGGCGCAAUCCAAUGCAGAGAUUCGUUGAUAACCCAAUGCCAUAUAACAGAAGGAAAGCGUGCGCAAUGCAGACAAGGUUGGAUUCUAGUGACCAUGGCGAUCGCCAAGGUCCGAGAGCCGGUGAAUUGCCAGGCAAGAUGGACAAUGACCGUGCCGAUCGUCAAGGCUUGAAAGCCUGCGAGUUCCCAACCAAGAUGGACAACGACCAUGCCGAUCGUCAAGGUUCAAAAGCCUCCGAAUUGCCAGGCAAAGCCUGUGAAUUGCCAGGCAAGAUGGAUAAUGACCACCCGGUCCGUCAAGGUUUGAAAGCCUCUGGAUUGCAACUGCAACCCAAGAUGGAUGCUAGUGACGACGGCAUUUGCCAAGGUUUGAAAGCCUGUGGAUUGGCAACCAAGACAGAUGCUAAUGACCAAGGCGAUCGCAAAGGCUCCAAAACGGAUGCUAAUGACCAAGGCGAUCACAAAGGCCCCAAAGCAUGUGGGGUGGCAACCAAGAUGGAUGCUAAUGCUAGUGACCAAGGCAACUGCCAAGGUAUCAAGGUAUGUGGGAUAGAGGCCAAGAUGGAUGGUAACGACCAUGCCGAUCACCAAGGUUCCAAAGUCUGUGGAAUGCCAACCAAGGCAGAUGCUGAUGAUCAAUGCAGUAACCAAGGCCCCUUGAAGGCAGCUGAGAGGUUAGAUCAUCUUCUGAACCAACCAGCAAACAGAUCUUGUGCUGAUUGUGGUGCUCCAGAUCCAAAAUGGGUGUCUUUGACUUUUGGUGUUUUCAUUUGCAUCAAGUGUUCAGGAGCUCACAGAAGUCUAGGAGUACAUAUAUCCAAGGUGGUUUCAGUGAAGCUAGAUGAGUGGGCAGAUGAGCAGGUUGAUAUUUUAGCCGAUUCAGGUGGGAAUGCUGCAGUAAACAUGAUAUAUGAGGCAUUUGUGCCUGAAAACUGCACAAAGCCAAAGCAAGAUUGUUCAUCAGAGGAGCGCAAUGAUUUUAUUAGGCGAAAAUACGAGGCUCAACAGUUUUUGACUAACCCCCAGCUUUCAUGCCCUCCACGACGCAAUGAGAAACAUAAUCACCACCACCAUAGUACUAGUUCGAGCCGACAUGGUUUAGGCCUUUCAUUCAGGAACAGCUGGAGGAGAAAAGAACAUGAGUCCAAAACAGCAAAGAAAACAAUCGAGGUGGGUAUGGUAGAGUUUGUUGGAUUGAUUAAGGUUGACAUCCUAAGAGGCACAAAUCUAGCUAUCCGUGAUGUCAUGUCAAGUGAUCCUUAUGUUAUUCUUAACCUAGGACAUCAGACAAUGAAAACAAAGGUGGUAAAGAGCAGCCUAAAUCCUGUAUGGAAUGAAAGACUUAUGCUUUCGAUACCCGAACCGAUACCGCUGCUUAAAGUGCAAGUGUAUGACAAGGACACGUUCACUACCGACGACCGGAUGGGGGAGGCAGAGAUCAACAUCCAGCCGCUGGUUGCCGCAGCCAAAGCCUACGAGACCUCGGCCAUCGCAGAUACUGUGCAGCUUAACAAAUGGAUGGCAAAAGAUGGCAUCUGGAUCCCGAGGGACAGCUCCAUCUCCAUCGUCAACGGCAAGGUGAAGCAGGUGGUGAAUGUCAGGCUUCAGAAUGUUGAGCGUGGCCAGCUUGAAAUGGAGCUCGAGUGCGUCCCUCUCACUCAAUAACUGUGCCUGCAGAAAGGGGCUGCUCGAUCACAUCACACGAACAACUUUGUUACAAAUGCAUGAGACCAGAACUCAACCAUGCGUUGAGGUUUCCAUGUGUAUGGACUGUAUCUGUAAAGUUGAGAAGGAAUAUUAUAGGAUGGAAGUUAUGAUUUGUCCAGGGGAAUGAGAAGUGAAGACCAUUUUAGCACGGCCCUGCUUUGGUUUUAGGCUUGUCCGGUAAAGUAUAGCUUCACUUGGUUGUACAUGUACUUUCAUUAGCCUCUCUGUGUUGUGACAACCAUCUGAACUGAUGCAAAUACUGUAGAACGAAUUGGGAAUGACGAUUCUGUGUUGUAUACUUGUAUGUGUGGACAAACGAAACAAGAUAUACCAGCCCCAUACCUGUUGAAAUGCGA